AUGGAGUGCAGACAAAUUCCUGCUAAAGACACCUCUGUGUGGUACAGAAAAUUUAUGACAGAAUAUCUAUCUGACCUACAAACACUGCAUGAAUUUAAGACACUGUUGGGUCUGUAAGUUCAGAUUCAAAAGGCCAGUCAUCAUGUUGACCAAGUUUGUAAUAUCUUUGACAUGAACAAAGAUGUAUUUAUUGACUUUUUAGAGUUUAUUGCUUCCAUAAAUCUGGUUGUACUAGGAAAAGUGGAGCAAAAAUUAAAAUGGUAUUUUAAGCUAUAUGAUUCUAAUGGAAAUGGCUCUACUAACAAAAAGGAACUACUGAACAUCUGCAUGGCCCCAAAACAGUUAAAUGGGGAAAAGACCGUCUUUUUUAACAAAUGGUACUGGCAUAACUGGAUAUCCAUCUGCAAAAAAAUGAAACAAGAGCCAUAUCUCAUACCAUGCACAAAAACUAACUCAAAAUGGACCAAAGACCUAAAUAUAAACUCUGAAACAAUAAAGAUCAUGGAAGAAAACAUAGGGACAAUGCUAGACAUAAAAGAGAGAAGUGGACAGAAAGCUGUGGGACCUCCUAUCACCAAGAAAGUAGUGCCAGGGGCACAGCGUGUCCUUUGGACCCGGGGUCCUUGCACUGAGAAUCUCCUAGACCAGGGGAAGAUUGAUGACAAGACAUUCCCCAAGAGCCGACAGAGACAGAAAGACUUCCCUGGAGCUGGCACCCUGAAUUUGGACUUCUAG